GGUAUGACAUUAUUAAUGAAGUUGUAAAAAGUGAAGUGUUGUGGGUUUUUGUAUUCGUAAUCUCUUAAAAUUUUUCUUGUUUCUUUAAAAUUAAUUCGAAAAAGAAAAUUUUUACAUAUUAAAUUAUGGAAGAUUUAAAAAAUGGGGGUAUUGAAAGCGAUCCAGCUGCUGAUUUCUUAGCAAGGGAACAAUCAGCUUUUGCUUCAUUAGAAUCAGAAAAUGAUUUUGUACGAAUCAACUCUGAUAAUAUUGCCCCAACGAUUAUGGGAGAUUUCGAGCAAAAUGGAAGUUUUGAUAUAAUGAAUUCACAACCACAAGAAAACCCUGUACCCGUCCGGGAUGAACCAGAAAAAAUUAAAUUGUGGAGAGAAGAACAAAAACUAAUUUUGGAGAAAAAGGAUGCAGAAGAAGCUAAGAAAAAGGAGGAAUUACGUGAACAAGCAAAACAAGAACUUAAAGAUUGGUAUAGACAGCACGAAGAAACAAUAUCUAAAACUAAAGCAUCAAAUAGAAAUGCCGAAAAACAAUGUGUUCAACUUGAAAAUGAAGAAAUUGAACCAGGUACCGAAUGGGAAAGAAUCGCCAAAUUAUGCGACUUUAAUCCUAAGGCUAGUAAAUCAAGCAAAGAUGUAUCUCGCAUGCGAUCGAUUAUAUUACAAUUGAAACAAAAUCCUCAAACUCAAACGUUAAGAAAAGCGUCUUAAGAUAAUAGUAUUUUUUUGCGUUAAAAAAUCUAUUGUAAUAAAUUGAAAUUAACAAAACAAAAAAAAAACGUGAAAGCUUAGAAUUUUCUUCAAUUGCCUUUCAUCAAAAAUUAAUAUAAUAGAAAAUAAAUGUAAAAUAUUCCAUUAUUAUAAUUAUAUUAAAAAAAUGAGUUAUAUUAUUAUCCUUUGGUUUAAAUAAAAUUAUGUAUACAAAAGUA